AUGAGGUACACGACUGGCAUCAAGUAUUGAUUCUUGUUGUGGCUGUAGGAGAGGUCUCGACGCCAUGGGAGUGAGACACGAAAGUUGUGCAUGUGAAAGUUAUACUAUUCGUGUUGGUUUCCGUGUGUGGACAGGACUACGACUACUUCAUCGUAAAACAACAAGACACCACAGACACAGACGUGGUCCACGCCAAACACGCUAGAGAAAGAGAGGGUCAAUGAGAUGUAUCAAACAUCCGACAGAUGUGGGUGUGUAGAUGGUUUUCGGCCACACGCACAUUGCCAAGCUCCAACGACAGCAGUCUAGCUUGGACAACUGGCUCAUCUACGCGAAUUCAGGCGGUACGGAUGCACACAAUGAGAUUUAGAUAGAAAGAAUCAGAAGAGACGACCGGCAUGUGUCUGCCAGGCUGGGUCGACCCAAUCGAUGGCGACAAGGUCUUCGUCGACAUCAGGUGACGUAUGGAAAAGAAACGCGGAGGAGGAGGAGAAGAAGAAGAAUAAUUUCUCCCUCUUCCUCAAUGUGUGUGUGUCUCUCUGUUUGUCUCUUCGUGUCACCCUCCAUCUUCAUCUGAUCUGCAGCAUGAUCGAUCUGCCCCUGUACGACAAAUUCUUCCAAGACACCUUCCCCAAUCUCCGCACCGACCGCGCAUGCAAGAGUGGCGUGCCCAAGCUCCAGCCCCAGCCUGAGACAUGCGAAACGCCCUCCUGGACACCGCUCCGUGACGCUCUCCCUAUCCGUGUGGACGUCUACAAAUGGGCGAGCGACCCAGAUGGGACCCUCACACGAGUGGAGGGGCUGGACCUCCCAGACUGAGGCGUGACGCAGACGAUGCGCGAUUUGGUGAGAAACUACGGCCUGGCUGAGGCAGCGGACACCAAAGAGAGAGAGACACUGAUCAAGCGGGUUGAGGAGACCCUGGAUGCCAUCCACACGGCUGCAGGCGGCCUGAGUGAGGGUGAGGCGGAUGUGGUGUGGCGAGAGGAAGAAGUGGA